UAGUUACCGAUCGUCCGCGGGCUCCUUCUAACGUGACAGAUAAGCCUCGCGAUAGAGGAUCGAGGAAUAUAUACGGUCUCCGCGUGUCUCGAGGCGGAAUUGUUGCUUCUUUUUCUUUUUGGAGAAGCGAUGUUUGUUUUUUGGAGCGAGAAAGGUGUCUUUCCGAUCCGAGUUUGGCGCUGUUGACAUUAGGGUGACGGGAUUCGACGAAAUGACGGGUCACUGAUUUUUUAAUUCGCGACUGUUCGGAUUGCAAGGGCGCAUUGACGAGUUGUUUGUUCGAUAUUUAUUAUAUAUCAUUAUAUUUAUUAAUAUAUUUAUUAUUAUUGUAUUAUUAUUUUAUUAUUAUAUUAUUAUUAUUCAGUUAUUUAUUCUAUAAGUGUCUUGCUCGCGGCAAAUAUUGCGAUAACGCUCGUCAAAAAUCAGAACGUCUUAUCGUUGCUGUUACGAACUAAUAGAAAACAGCCGCUUUCGGUGCUCCGUAAAUCCGGUAUUAAUGAAUUUUAAAUGGCUUCGAAAUCCUGUCGGAUAGAAAAAAUCUCGGUGAAUCGUUCUGCAGGCGAUUCGAUGAAAAGCUACGGCGCUGGAAGAUUUUCCCGUUGAAAUCGUGACGAGUUUGCGCCGCUUGAACACACAAAUCUCAUUCCAAAUAUUGCGACAAAGAUUACGCGUCGUCCCGCAAGAGCGCGACAACAAUCUUCUCGCACCUGCGGAAUUUCGAGCAGGGAAUCGUGAUCGUUCGAUCGGACUCUUGUGCGCGAACGAAUCGAUCGUGGAACGCGAGUAUCGGCGCAUUCCCGGGGAAGAACGAACGCGCGGAACGCGGGCCGUUAAAGGAGCAUCCGAAGAAUUUCAAGAUCCUGUACCAGCCUACCGAGGCUUUUUGCAAACGGAACACUUUCUAAUUAACUCUCAUUUCGUGCAAUCGACAUUAGACGGUUUCUAUUCUGCAUGAAGAGCAGCCCGGCCAUUGCGCUUCUGUAUUUCAGCUUUCAGUGUGUCGAGACCGCCGCGUUCGUAACAUGGUAUAAUCGCCGUUAUCGGCGCGAUCGGCCGUGAUCGAUAAGCACCGGACGGAUCGUCGUAAGGUGACCCCGAGAGAAAGAAGAGAAAAAAAAGAAGAAGAAAAAACCGGCGGACGAAGAUCGAAGAGGAUGGCGCUGGCGCGGAUCAAGAGUUUCAUCGACACGGGAUUGAAGACGGUGUCGACGCCGUUGGACCGCACCGUCAGCCUGGAGCCGGAAGUCGGCAUUAGGAUCGUUCAUUCGAGCAACGACAGAGCGCUGCACGUGACGGUGCUCGGUGCCCGACACUUGCCGCAGAAUUUCGGGUUCACGCGCGUCAACAGCUACGUCGUCAAGGUGAAGCUGAUACCCGGAAAGGAGAAGUUCGAGACGACGUCGAAGAACGAGUCGUGGCCGCAGUGGAACGAGGAGUUCACGUUCCAGCUGCGCAAGGAGACCAAACUGAAGUUCGGCAAGACGAAGGUCACCGAGGAGGAGAUCAGCGGCUCCAGACUGAUUGUGGCCACGUUGUACGCGAUACUCGAGGACAAGCCGUUGAUAGCUACCGAGAAGAAGGAGGCGGAGAAGGACAAGGGCGGAUCGCCGACGAAGGAUUCGCCGAAGAAAGGCGGCAAGAAGAAGGACGGCCAAGGAGCGUCCACGGAGAACCAGGAACCGGCGAAGGAGAAGCUGCUGUGCAAAUUGUUCGGCAAGAGUUCGGACAAGUCCGCGGACGCUGCGGUGCCGGACAAGAAGUCGUACGAGAAGAGGCGCACCGUUGGAGCGACGACCAUAUCCCUGGACCCGAAGAACUUCGCGUCGAAACCAGUGAAACCAAAGCACCCCAGCGAUGUGUCGACGGGAGACAUGUGGAGGCCGUUGCGGCCCAUUGCGAGCGGGAUUUCUGGCGCGGAGGACAGGAGGGAGAAUAAGAAGGGUCAGCUGGAGCUGUCGCUGUGCCAGGAGAAGGCCGACAAGAGGGAGGAGGGUAGCGAGAAACUGGUCCUGUCUCUGCACCGUCUGCGAUGCUCCUUGCAGACGAUGCACGAGCACGAGGCCAUUAAGGGGCAGAUGUAUCUAAAAAUGUCCGUGGUGGACAACGGCAGGGUCACUCAUUUCUGGAAGAGCGACCGGUUCGCGCCGUGCGUGUCGAUGAAGUUCGACCCGGAGAUGGCGCGAGUGAUCGCCGACAACCCUUAUCAGGGGGCGCUGAAAGACGUCAGCUUCGUAAUCAAAUACGUCUCGAAAAAUAAGAUGGGAAAGAAAACGACCGUCGGUCAUUUCGUGAUCGGGCCGGACGUGGCGGGGCCGUACGGCGAACAGUGGAAACAGGCCCUGGCGAAACCGGGACAGCAGAUAACGAAGUGGCAGGCGUUCGAAUGAGCACGUCGCGCGAACGGCUUUGAAACGGCGUGUGAAAUAUCCUCUUCUUUUUUUUAAGGGUGCCAUCGAAUGGUACCGUUCCAAAGAACGUUCACGAAAGACGGGCCCAGAACUUGCUCAGCUUUCGUCCGCACGGAAAUUCACUGUUCGAGGCAGAUCGCACGUAUUAAUGACUCGCACACGUUAUCUUGUACAUAUUUAUCGGAUUCCUCUAGAAUAUUAUAACCGUCCUCGAUUCCUGGACGAAGGAGCGU